AUGGCUCAGCUGCGUCCACCACCGGCGUUUGAAUUUGACAACUCCAGCUCCUGGCCCGCAUGGCUGCUGCAGUACGAGGACUACUCGUUAGCUAACGGACUUUACGCCGCUCCGACGGAGGUCCAGGUGCGCUCUAUGCUCUACUGCAUGGGCCCGCAAGCCAGCGUGGUCCUCGCGUCCUCCACGCUGGGAGAGGCGGACCUCAAGGACGUCGCCGCCAUACAGAAGGCGUUCACCGACCACUUCGUCCACCCGCCGAAUGAGCUGUACGUGUCAGCGCGCUUUCACCGCCGUACGCAGCAGCCGGGUGAGACGGCCAACGCAUUCUACACUGCGCUCUGGACGAUGGUCAAGCGCUGCAACUAUUCCUCGCCCGACGUCGAAGAGCGGCUUGUCCGAGACCAUUUCCUCGUGGGCUUGCUUGACCCCAAGCUCUCGGACCAGCUUUGUCGGAACCCGAGAUUGACGUUGCACGAAGCGCUCACGCACGUUCGCCAACACGAAGACGCUGAUAACGAGCGCAAGGCUCGUGACUCGGCUUAUUCAUCGUCGCUCGCCAUCGACGGCGCUCGCCUUCGCAAGUGUAAGCCAGCGCCAGCUAAUAAGACAACGCAGCAGCUGUGCUCAUUCUGCGGGCGCGCAUCACAGCCUCACGCCGACUGUCCUGCUCGCAGAGCGUCCUGCAGCAUUUGUCGCAAGAGUGGCCACUUCGAGAACGUCUGCCUCAGGAAGAAGCGUGUAAACGAGAAGGACACACAGAAGCCUUCUGCCAGCUCCAUCUAG